AUGGCAGACAACUCAGAGGCUGAGGCCAUAUUCGAGGUCUUCUUCACAGAGUAUUGGAUAGCGGCCGCCAUUGCACUAUUGGUUUACGACUACAUCCUCACAUUCAGCUACGAGGUCACACUCUUCUGGAUGGGGGGCCGCCUGUCCGGAGCGACAAUUCUCUUUCUCCUAAACCGAUACGUCACUCUCGCUGCACAAAUAGUGAAUGUGGUCCCACCCCUUUUGUCUGUGGAGGUCGCUGAGAGCGGUACAGCUUCAUUGACAAGUGUCAUCGCUAUUCUCGAGGAACCCUUGACCGCCAUCAUCACGUCGAGAUUCCUGAUUGACCUGCAGAGGACCCAGCGCAAACUGGCAGGUUCUUCUCGGUCCGUCUCACUCGGGGAACUGGAAUUCCAACCGCAGACGUCGAGGAACACGAGCCGCUUCAUUGGGUCCUUGGGCGCCCAGCUCUCGCUCCAUGAAGAUGGCAAUGAAGAGAACGAGGUCGAAGAUACGUCGUAG